GUUUGGGAUGAGAACAAAGGUCGCAUGGGCAACACGUAAACCCAACUCAUAACGUUGCCUUGGCCGCGACCCGGGUGCCUUCACGCCCAUUCAUUUCUGAAUUUUCUGACAAAUGUAUGAACCGACAACUGGCCCUUGUGCUCUUAGAUUUUCCCCUGAUCACAGGAUCUUUCCUUUAUCAUCCUUCCUUCAAAAAGCGGAUUUCCCAUGUCCUACUCUCUUUCUCUCUAUAUAAAUAUAUCCUUUUCGAAAUCUCUGUCUUCUUUUUCAAUCGGAGAAGAAAGCCAGAAAAUAAUAAAGAAAAAGGGGUAAUGGGUGCAGCCGGCGAGGUUCUGCGGCGGCGGUUGCCGGAGGUGGUGGAGCAACUCCAUGUUCUAGCCGUGGAUGACAGCCACGUGGAUCGCAAGUUCAUCGAGCGGUUGCUCAGGAUAUCUGCUUGCAAAGUGACGGCUGUGGAGAGCGGGACGAGGGCACUGCAGUUUCUGGGGUUGGAUGGGGAGGGGAGCUCUGUUGGAUUUGAUGGAUUGAAAGUGAAUCUGAUAAUGACGGAUUAUUCCAUGCCUGGGAUGACAGGAUACGAGUUGCUGAAGAAAAUCAAGGAAUCAUCGGCUUUUAGAGAGAUACCAGUGGUGAUCAUGUCCUCUGAGAAUGUCCUGCCUCGCAUUGACAGGUGUUUGGAGGAAGGGGCAGAGGAGUUCAUAGUGAAACCCGUAAAACUAUCAGAUGUGAAGCGCUUGAAGGAUUAUGUAAUGAGAGGGGAAGGAGAUGAGAACAAAGAGAAAGGAACCCAAAAGCGAAAACAACGAGAUGAGAACAAAGAGAAAAGAACCCAAAAGCGAAAACAAGAAGAUGAUUACGACAUCCUACAGUCCUCGCCUCAACCAUCAUCAUUGUCACUCGAUUAUGUGACAGCCAAGAUUGAUCAAUUGUCAUUUCAAUUUCUGCAGCAUAUUUUGUCAUCCCUCCUUGCUUGUAAGGCGUGUGGCGUCACUAGGUGACCAUUCUGGCGGAGACGAUUUCAUCUUCUUCUUCUUGUGUGGCAUUUUGUGGAUCUUAUAUUUUUGUAGAUGCUAACAUAAAAAGAAUGGAUUCUGAUCAAGGAAAUGGAAAGAAAAAAUAUAUAUAUACAAGAAAAAGUCCCAAGAAUUAAUUUUGUUCUUUUUCAUUCUGCAGCUUAUAAAAUUUUAUAUAAGAUUGGAAUACCAAAUGUCUAGAUGUUCAUCU